AUGGAAGUGGCCUCGCGAGACACGACGAGCCUUCGCGACAGGCUGCUGAGACCUCCCAUAUACUGGCUCUUCCAUUCCUGGCGCCUCUUCGGUUAUGGUGUUCUCAUCCCGCCCCUCUUGGUCUAUCAACCUCUGAAGACUCUGGCCGGAAUUGUUGCUUACACAGCUGUCCAUCGCCAACGCUGGUGGCAGCAAAGUGUGCACAGGUUUUUUGGAUACGGAGCAUCUCGUCGACAUCGCUUCGUCAAUGAGCACACAGACGUGAUCAAAGAAGACAAGCGAUACCUGUGGUCUCUGCACCCACACGGUCUUCUUGCAGAUGGCUGGCACUCAUUGAUUGCCCGGAACUUGGACUCCUUCGCGGACUCCGGGAAGGGCCCGCCUGCGGUGGGGCGCAAGAUCGCCCUUUGCUUUGCGCCCGUUAUCCAGCAUGUGCCAGUGCACCAGGAGAUGUACCGGGACUUGUGCACCUCGGCAAGCAGGAGAGAUAUCGUCAAGUGGUGGAAGACUGCAGACACUGACCCGGCGCUCAUUCCCGGCGGUUUCUCCGAGGCAGUCUUCGUCAACUCCGCAGAGCGCAAGUACGAGUACUCGUAUCUAAAGAACAGAAAGGGCUUUGUGAGGAUCGCUGUGGAGGAGGGUAAGGACAUCGUCCCCUGCUACACCUUCCGCCAGAGCUGGAUGUACCGGACACCUCGGACACUGCGCGCCGCGCGGGCGCGACUGUCCCAGCACAUCUUUGUAGGCAUUAUCCCAUUCUUUGGGUGGAUGGGCACUUCCAUGCCUCUCACGGACAAGACAACCUCCGUGGUCUUCCCGCCUUUCCCCGCCUCCGAGUACAAGCCAGACCAGGUGGAUGCCGCACACGCUGGGUAUCUCGAGCACCUGAAGAAGUAUUUUGACUUGUACAAGGGCCGCUUCGGCAUGAAGGAUGUCGAGCUGGUUUUCAUCGGCAACGACUUCAAGGACGAUGACUGGGCGGCAAGGGCUUUGCACCGAAUGGGGCUGCUCUCGAGCCACGUGGUGGCCACCGAGCCACUGCCGCCUCCGCGACCUCCACGAUCACGGCUCUGA